GCCAUUUGGUAGCUUAGCUGCGUCGGUUUCGAAACUGCGCCAACAUUGUAUUGUUCUAUGUUGUGAAUGUAUGCUGGUGAGCGUGGUAGUUAAAUCAUUUUUAAGAGGUAAAUCAUACAAUAUACAGGCUGUGUGCAGCCAGCUAUGCAUUUACAGUAGUUUGUAACCGCUCUCUGUCAAGUCUAAAAGUUACUCUGCAUUUCUAACCCAGAGCUCAAUUUGGACAACUGGGGACCAAAUGAUCACUGUUCAAGGAAGACAUGGCGCGUAAGCGCUGUGAGCUCCUGCUGCUGCUGUUUUAUACAUCAGGCUCUUGCCGACUGGCCGGUGAACGGCCGCCGGCACCGGCAUGACCGAGAGUCGACUGGACGUGAGCGGCGGCGGGCCGGCCGCCAAACGGCCGCGCCUCGCCAGCCCCGGCCCGACCGCGCGGCUCGACGACCCGCUGGCGGCGCUGCACGAGCGCGCCCAGCUGGGCUGCCUGUGCCCGCUGCCGGCCGCGCAGCUGACGGCUCUGACGGCGCAGCUGUCGGCCGCCGACAGCCGCCGGCAGGUGCUGGCGCUCAGCACGCUGCAGCUGCUACAGGAGGCGGCGCUGCAGCAGCUGCGGCUGGGCAGCAUGUGCCGGCAGCUGCAGCGCGCCGUCUGCGCCCAGCGGCAGGCGGACGGGCCGCUGCUGGAGGCGCUGCUGGCUCUGCUCGCCUCGGGCACGGCACUCCUCAGCUGCGGCGCCGGCCGCUGUCUGACGCUGGCCGCUCUCCUGCUGCCGCCCGGCCGCGCUCAGAGACUGCUCGAGGCCCUGGUGGCCGCCGUGCUCGAGUCGGAACGGCAGCUCGAGGUGUGUCACGCGCUGAACGCGCUGCAGCGACUAAUCGAGCAGCACGAUCCGCCCGAGUCGGCGGCCGGCGGCGCCCGCCCGCUGCCGGCCGGCUGCGCGGCCAUCAGCGUCGGCCCCGACCCGGAGACACUCUCCGAGAUUAAAUGUGCCAUCACGGCGCUGCUGGAGAACCGCUGGGUGCCGGUGACACAGCGCUUCUGCCGGCUGCUGACGCGGCCCGCACACGAGACGGAGGUACUCGCCUUCCUCCGACUCUGGACAACCAUCAUCUCCGUGAAGAACAACCUCAGUAUCGUGGAGACCAAGUCGUUCUACGGCCGACUGGAGGGCCUGAUGAGCUCGCUAGGGGGUGAUGCCUCUCCCCACGUGUGGCGAGCCGUGCUGGAUCUUUACGCGGAGGUGCUCUGCUAUGGCAGCACGAUUGCGCUGCAGGACUGCGUGGCUGAGGAGCCAGCCGGACUGGCUCAUGCGCUGUUACGACAAACGCGCGCUGGUCGGUUGCUAGAGGCGGUGCCUUACGAGCGUGGUGUGCGUGCGUUCGCGGGCAGCAGUAGCGGUAGCGCGGGCGGCAGCGGCGGCGAUCGGCCCCUGAUGCAGAAAACUGUGCUGCUCGUGCUCAAGGCACUGGCGGUGACGGUGAAGGAGACGCGAUGUGAAAGCAGCAGCGAGGCGUCGGCGCGGUCCGCUGGCGGCUCCGGAUCCGAGGAGCAGGACAUGGUGAUCAUAGAGCGCACGCUGCGCGAGGUGGUGCGCCGGCUGGACGGCUGGGUGAAGGCGCGCCUGCCGUUCCACCCGGAGACGCCGAUGAGCGAGUGGGCAGUGGUGCUGCUCUGUGACCAGGACGAUUACCUGGUCGAGGCCAUGGUGUGCCUGCUGGACCUCUGCGCCGGCCUGGCCGAGCGGGCGCGCGUGCAGCCUGACUUUGAGCGCGCCAUCGACGCGCACCGGAGCUUCGUGCAGUUUCUGGGCACCGUGCGCCGGGACCACGACCUACUGCUCGAUUUUCUCAUCUCGAACGAGACCUGUUUCCUGCUCUACCUGCUGCGCUACCUCAAGUUCGUGCGGAAACAUUGGGCGAGAUUUCUGCGCGCGUGCGGCGCUAAGUUACAAGAGGUGAUGGGUGUGCUGAUUGGACUGCGCAUUUCGCUACAGCAGCUCGUGGCUCGUGAUCUGUUUCCGUACAACGUGACGCCGAUCCUGAAGCUGCUAGAGCGGUGUGAGCAGCUGUACGAACAUAAUCCGGCGGCCGGAUAGCGGUCGGACGGUAUCUCGACGUCUCCCGUGUGCGUCCCGCAUCGGCGGGCAGGCACCCCCAUGCGCUCUCUUCUCCCGUCAUCCGCGCAGCGCGCGGUCGCUCAUUGGCUCAACUGGUUAUUUAUGGUCGCGGCGCUCUGCGCCCGUGCGGCGGCCCGGCCGGCUCGGGUUGGGUCUGACGCCGGUCCGGGCCCGCGCUCGCGGUCCGCCCACCGCCGCCCAUCCCCCACUGCCGCUCUAAUGACGCCAUGUGGACGCACAUGAAUCUACGGCCGUUUUCGGCGAGACGGCGCUGAUGUUUUUAAUGCAAUCUCUUGAAUGUGUAUUGUGUAAUAGGUUGGUAAGCCAUUUCGCAGUGUGGAGUAAGGCGUAUGUGAAAGGAGAUAGCCACAAAGGUAUCGAUUCCAUCCGACAUUUUAUGUCGCAGCAUUUCUUAAAGGCAACUUGAAAGAUCUGUAAGGUAAGGGACGAUGGGAACAAAUGACGUUUCGGUGCCAACUACCGUUAGUUCUCUGUAAAUUUGUCAAAUGUUCAUGUACGCUUUACGUUCGUUCCUACCCAGCUGGAAAUCCAGCACAUGACUGGAAUUGUUUGUGAACAUCCCAAAUGUGUCUAUUUUUAAAUUGGACCCAUGCUCGUAUAUAGGUGGUAGAUGUUCACCUUUUUGUUUGUGGAGCGCAAGAUGACAUUUGUACUAGGUUCGUGUUGCAAUGUUUUGUAAGUGGAUCAAGGAUCCUGCAUUGAUGUUUGUCUCUGAGACGCAAUCAUAUUUUUCUUACAUGAAUACUGUGCACUUCGUCACGCGUCGAAAGCGUAUUCCAUCGAGAUCAAACGUGUGAAUACACUACAAACCAUAA